AUUUUUUUUUUCUGAAACAAUAAUGAUAAACAAAGCUACAUUUUUAUAGUACUUUAGUGUAAGUGAAGUGUAAAUUAUACAAUAAAUGUUGCACCCUUAGCUCCUUGAUUCCUGAGGCAGGUCACAUUUGAUAUGGAAAAUUAUGUUUUACUAUUUUGUUUUGUUUUUUUCUUGGUUGGCUGUAUAAUUGUGUUUACUGCUUUAAAUAUAUUGUACUGACAAUGUAUGUUUGCCUUUUCAUAGGCUAAGGUAGUUUUAGAGAGUUGGUGAUUUAAAUAUUAUUAUGUUGGUUAUAUUUGAAAACUAGCAAAAUCUCUGGACAGCACACAAGUUGUAUCCUUUGUACUAGUACCGUGUUAGAGUGUGUCAUACUAAUUAAAAUUAACUCAGUUCUGCCCCACAACAUUUACUUUACAGAAAUGAUUUGUUCACUUUGCCUGUAAGUUGUCUAAUUAUAUUCAAACACUGGAAUUUUUGGUAAUUGUCUUUGAAAAUGAAACUUUCAGUUCCAGAUAAGACCCACUGUUGUUUCUCAGCCUCACUAAGUGAAAUGAAAGUUAACAAGCUUUCCCUCAGGUACACAGUGGUGUCUUUUUUUAACCAAAUAUUCUCUAGUUCAGUAAUCAGCAGCCUGGUUGCUAAAAAUAAAAGAUGACCAGGUGUGAACUGGUGCAACACUUUAAAUGUAAAGAACUCUAGUGAAGUUUAAUUAAAAAAAAUAAGAAUACAUUUAAAAAAAAAAGAAGAAAGAAAAACUUUGCUUGGUAGAUGUUCCUAAAAAAUGCUAAACAUGAAUAUUCACCGUAUUUCCUUACACAGAACUUUCACCUUCCCCUAUCAUGUGACCGCAACUUAUGACUUCCUUUUUUGCAUAUCAUUGCAGCUGUGCUUUCUUUACUUUGAAAAACUCUGUCACACGGCUCGCAGCCUCCAAACAGGCUUCAGACAUGUUUUAAAUCCACAGUUAGCCGAGUUGUUUUCAGCUAGUCCACCAAAGAUGGCCUCUCAACUCGUCCCCUGCUUCCAUAUUUCUGUCGUAUUCUUGUGUUUCACAGUUGGCAGAAGUGACAUUUCCUGCAGAAAUGAAGCUGGUGAAGCUGUUGACUGGUUUAUCAUCUACAAACUGCCGAAGUUCAGGAUUGGGGAGGUUGGCAGUGGUGUGGAGUACAUGUACCUGGACUCAGCAGCUGGUAGCUGGCGGAGGAGUAAAUUUAUGGUUAACACAACCGAAGGAGCUAUGGCCAACACUCUGAAUCAACUGUACAAGGGAAAGGUCUACAUGUCUAACAGCUCUGUGUACGCACUCUACAAUGACGGUGCACCACAGCAGAAAUACAUCCGUACUUACGGACACACUAAAGGGGUUCUGCUCUUUGACCAUUCUCAAGGUUUCUGGCUGUCCCACACCGUUCCCCAUUUCCCCUCGUUCCCUGAGCGAGGCUACCAGUACCCCUCCUCUGGCAGACACAAUGGCCAGACUGCCCUGUGUGUGACCUACCAGUAUUCACAGUUUCUCAGUAUAGCACAGCAGCUGGUCUACGUUUACCCACGCUUCUACAACUGUUCUGUUCCCGCUGCGUUCUCGGCCGACCUGCCGCAGCUCCUCCAGCUGUGCAAGGGCUCCAGGCCGCCACUGUCCGCCAACAAGGGAGUGAAGGCGCUGUUUUCUGUCAGUGGGGACAGAUUUGUCAGCUUUGCAAAAUCUGAGCACUUUGUAGACGAUAUCUACACAGGCUGGGUGGCUCAGGUCCUGGACACCGACCUUCUGGUGCAGACUUGGCAGACCCAAGGUCGAGAGCUGCCCUCCAACUGCUCGCUGCCGAGGCACACCAUGAACGUCAAGAGGACCGUGCUUCCGCCAUCGGUCCGGUUCGAAUCUCAUUACGACCACUCGAAGUGGUGUGUGUCACAGGCUUAUGAGGACCAGGUGGUCUGCCUGGGGGACCUGAACCGGGUCAAGGCUCAGAUGUUACGUGGCGGAGGGCUGAUCUGCUCCUACAACCCUGUGAUUUACAAGGCCUUCAGGAAGGCAGUGGACUGGUACAUUAGCUGCUAAACAAGACUGAAUUAUUACUUGAGGUUUAUUCAGUCAUUUACAUUGUACACAGUUAAAUGUGAAGUUUACCAGAUUAGAUUUUAAAAAUCUGUCUUAUAAGCAUCAACUAAACUUAUUUUAACUUUUUCCUGUUAGAUUAUUUUGAUAUUGAAUUGAGUAAGUUAGUGUGACAAGCUCGCAGUGCCCUUCACAGUUAUUGGCACACUGGAGUUGUGUACAACCGCCUUAAAUAAUAGUUGUAGAAAUUUGGUAACCCUGUGCUUUGAUGCAACUACUCUUUGCUAAAAUGUCUAGAUUUAGUUGCAGUUCUAGUUUUUUUUUUUUUUUAACAUUUCUAUUUAUCUUUUUUUACAACAAAG